UCGGCCGGCGAACCAGCUGAGACACAAACGAAGAAAUCCAAACUCCAAAUUUCAAAAAAUCUCUUUUUUUUUUCUUUUAAAAUUCUUCUAAUUAAACAAUUAAACAUUAUUCCUUCCCCCCCCCCCCCCUCAAAAUUAUUCACUCUACUUCCCAUCUCACAGUUCCCUUUUUUCCUUUUAAUUUCAAUUUUAAUUCCUCUUAAAAUUAAAAAACAUAUAUUUCUCCAUUAUUAUUUCUUCCCAUUUACCCUAUUUUCAAUACCCAAACUCCCAUUUUUCUCUUUCCCUCAUUCCUUUCUCUUUACUCUGAGAAAUUCGCUACUUGGGGCGACGAAUUUUCGAAUCCAAAAACCUAACUGAACAAUAAGAUGUGGAGCAUCGGAACCCCUUAUUCCCUGUUUGGCUCUUCUUUUUUACUCUAAAUGCUCUUUUAUAUGAACCCUCAUUGGCUAUCUCCAUUUUUUCCGUUGAUAUAGAUUUGCAUUUUAGUGGUUUCUUGCAUUGAAUGCAAGAUUAUGGAUAUUUCUGAGGUUGAAGAGAACCUAUUUGUGGGCAGUGAUGCCAAGUUACAUGGCGAGAUGUGCAAGAUACUAUCUGCAAUUUAUUGCAAAGUCUUAUCCAUAUUCCCUUCCUUGGAAGCGGCACGGCCUAGGAGCAAAUCUGGCAUUCAGGCCUUAUGUUCAUUGCAUAUAGCACUAGAGAAGGCAAAGAAUGUCCUUCAACAUUGUUCAACAUGUAGUAAACUUUACUUGGCUAUUACUGGAGAUUCUGUUCUUUUAAAAUUUGAGAAGGCAAAAUGUGCUCUUAUUGACAGUCUUAGGCGUGUAGAAGAUAUAGUUCCACAGUCCAUUGGAUGUCAGAUUUUGGAGAUUGUAAGUGAACUUGAGGGGACUGUUUUCUCACUCGAUCUGUUAGAGAAGCAAGUUGGUGACGAAAUGAUCACAUUACUCCAGCACGGGAGAAAAUUUGAUGACUGUAAUGACAAUAAUGAGCUAGAGUCUUUUCACCAGGCUGCAACUAGACUUGGUAUAACUUCUUCUAGAGCAGCCCUAACUGAAAGAAGGGCUCUUAAGAAGCUGAUAGAGAGAGCUCGUGCAGAGGAAGAUAAGAGGAAGGAAUCUAUUGUGGCUUAUCUUUUGCACCUCAUGAGAAAAUACUCCAAGUUGUUUCGGAGUGAGGUUUCAGAUGAUAAUGAUUCACAGGGUUCAACACCUUGUUCCCCCACUGUUCUAGGUUCUCUUGAGGAUGGAGGGUCUGGUGGUAAUGGCCAGGCAUUUGAGCGGCAGCUAUCGAAGCUUAGCUCGUUCAAUUUCAAGCCAAAUAUUAGGAGAUCUGGGCAGAUACCCAUUCCACCCGAAGAAUUAAGAUGUCCAAUAUCUUUGCAGCUUAUGUAUGAUCCAGUCAUAAUUGCCUCUGGACAGACAUAUGAAAGGAUCUGUAUUGAGAAAUGGCUUGGUGAUGGGCAUGACACCUGCCCGAAGACUCAACAGAGACUUCCACAUCUCUCUUUAACUCCCAAUUAUUGUGUUAAGGGUCUCAUUGCUAGUUGGUGUGAACAAAAUGGAGUUCCUAAUCCUGAUGGCCCCCCAGAGUCUCUUGAUCUUAACUAUUGGAGACUGGCAUUGUCUGAGUCAGAGACUGCAAAUACAAGAUCAGUGGAUAGUGUUGGCUUUUGCAACUUAAAAGGGGUUAAGGUCGGUCCUCUUGAGGAGAGUGGUACCAUUGAAGAAAUAGAAGGAAAAGAAGCUGAGAAUGAGCAUCCAUGCGUGCAGGAAGAAGUUUCUGAGCUUAAUGUACUUGAAAGAUAUCAGGAUUUGCUAUCUGUUCUGAAUGAAGAAGAGAACUUGAGGAAAAGGUGCAAAGUUGUGGAACAAAUCAGGCUUUUGCUGAAAGACGAUGAGGAGGCCAGGAUUUUUAUGGGGGCUAAUGGCUUUGUUGAAGGAUUAUUGCAAUUUCUAGAUUCAGCUGUGCGUGAAGGGAAUGCAAUGGCUCAGGAAAUUGGGGCAAUGGCUCUCUUUAACCUUGCAGUCAACAAUAACAGGAACAAGGAAUUGAUGCUAGCAGCUGGAGUGAUUUUAUUGUUAGAGGAUAUGGUUUCAAACUCCAAUGCCCAUGAAUCAGCCACUGCUCUCUAUCUUAAUCUCUCGUGCCUUGAGCAAGCCAAGUCUAUCAUAGGCUCAAGUAAGGCUGUCCCAUUUUUAGUCCAGCUACUUGGAAGUGAAACUGAUCCACAGUGCAAGCUUGAUGCCCUUCACACUCUUUAUAACCUCUCUACUGUGCACUCUAAUAUCCCCAGCCUUCUUUCUGCUGGCAUAGUUAAUGGCCUACAGCCACUUGUGAUCUCAGGUGACAAUGCCUGGGCAGAGAAAUCUAUUGCAGUUUUACUAAACUUAGCUGCAAGUCAAGCAGGAAUAUCUGAGAUGGUUUCAGCCUGUGGUCUCAUUAGCGAUCUGGCAUCUGUAUUGGAUACUGGAGAAUUGAUCGAGCAAGAGCAAGCUGUUUCAUGCCUUCUACUUCUUUGUAACGGAAGUGAGAAAUGCUGUCAAAUGGUCCUACAGGAAGGUGUGAUUCCGGCCUUGGUAUCGAUUUCAGUAAACGGGACGACAAGAGGGAGGGAGAAGUCGCACAAACUUCUGAUGCUCUUUCGUGAGCAACGGCAACGAGAUCAUCCACCAGCAGAUGCAAACAUGAGUAUAGAAACCAGUCAAGAUCCAAUGCCUGCAACAGCCACGGCUCAAGAAUCCAACCCACCAUGUAAGUCAGUAUCGAGGAAAAAAAUGGGGAGAGCCUUGAGCUUUCUAUGGAAGAGCAAGAGCUACUCUGUUUACCAGUGUUAAAAGCUUGACAAGCUAUUGUAAAUUUCCCGUUGUAUCUUCUUUUCUAGUUCUCUUGUCCUAUUCCAAUGGACAGUAUUUUCCCUUCCCUUUUCGUUUUCUUUCCUUUAUUUUUGGGGGUUAUGAUAGAGAAGCAGAAAUGUACAGGCCCUUUGUAAUCUAUGGAUUUUUGGCUUUUUUUUUCUUUCUAGUUUUUAAUAGUACACGUACUUCAUGUAUGUAAUAAUUAAGGGUUAGAUUAUCUUCAGAACACUUCGUUGUUGCUCCACGUGAAUAUUUACUUAUAUUUUCUUUUUGGGCUAA